AUGGGUGGUAAAAAGAAAUCUCUGGCCAACCGUCUGGCCAAAAUGAGCGAUGAAGAAAGGGCCAGAUAUCUUCAACACAAGGCUGACAUUGAAGAAGAGGCGAAACGUCGCAAAGAACAACUGAUUGCGAUCUUCCUGAAGAACAAAAUCAAACGAGAAGAUGGCUUUUCGAGGCUCAAUUUGGCCAAAAUCAACCAACAGUGGCACCAGGUUUUGCGGCUGAACAAAUGCAAAGAAAUGCGGGAGGAUGUUGAGCAUAUGAAGAAAUAUAUGGGGAGAGCUCUAGACUACAAAAAUCGGACUAUCAAGAAACUGCUACAAGAGUUGGAAAUGGCGGAGGAGCAAUAUUGUCACAAUUUUCAGGCACAUUUUACCCAUAUUGACCAAAUAAUCGCUUCUCAUUCGAAAUAUAUGGAUUUGAUGGAAGAGCAGUAUCAGAUAGACUUGGAGAAUCUUCUGGAAACUAGUGCCAAAGAACAUGAUGAGCUUGUGGAAAAGAGCACGUGUCAGCAUGAGCACCUCAAAACUGUUAUUUUUGGACAACAGUCGCAAGCUAGGAGGAGUGCGAGUGUCAAUAAAGAGAGAUUUUUGAAGAAAAAGGAAGAUCUUACAAGCACGUUCCGGCUUCAGUUGGACUCCUAUAUCAAACAACGCGAGAGCCGCUGCGGCGCCCUCUGGAGACAAAUAGCAACAGUAAUAAAGUCCCACGUGUCCCAAACAGACGCAAGACGUCUACAUCUUGCAGAACUAAAACGACUAGACGCCGAGAGCGCUGCAGAGAUCGCCAGCAACCAGGAGCGCAUAACAGCGCAGGAGGUAAAGACAGUGCAAAAAUUAUUACUUCCUCACCGGCUUACAAUUUUCUCACGUUUAUGAGAAGAAAUUAAAUCCCUCAACCACCACUUCCACUCCCUCGUCGCCAAGCGCACCGAAGCCCUCCACCACCUCCAGGAGAAAAUCAAAGAAGAAACGUCCAAGUUCACCUCAAUCCGUCAACAAUUUCGCAAGGAGUCCGAAAAGGACGAAAAACGCAUCAUUCUGCUCACCCACAAGUCGACCCAAGCCAUCGACUUUUUGCAAAAGCUCGCAACUAGAGGCGAGCAGAUCCGAAACCUGAUGAUGACUUGCCGCAAGUUCGAAACGGAGCGCGAGCAAGUCACCAAGUGGUUGUCUCUGGAGCCGGUGGGCGACGUGAGCGUAGACGAAGAGGAGGAAGAGGAGAUGAAGAGGAGGACUUCUGCGAAGAGCGAAGAUGGGGAAGAAAUGGUGAAGAAGGUGGUGAUUUGUAGGAAGUCGCCGCCGGGGUCGCCGGGGUCGAGUGGUGGUUCCUCCAAGGAGGGGGAUAUUGUGUUGAGGGAGUUUGCGUUGCUGGAGUGCAUGGAGAGGUUCUGGGUGAUUUAUAGUAAGGUGGAUGUGGAGUAUAUGGAGAUGAGGCAGGAGAAGAGGAUGUUGUUGGGGCAGAAUAAGCACUUUAGGGGGAUGAUUAGGGCGGUGCUGGAGGCGGCGGCGUUGGAUCAGACUAAUCCGACGAGUAAGGUGUCGACGAGGGUUGCUUCAAAGAAAAGUAGGGAGCCCCAGUCCGCACCGUUGAGGCGGAUUCUGAUUUAGAAUGGUUCAAAAAGCAACUUUGACCAUUUUUUCAGAAAAUUUUUGAAAAUUAUAGACUUAUUUUUUACGUUUAUUUGAACAGAUAUUGUGACGGCGAUUUCAGAUACUUUAUUAGCGGAAGACAAUCUUCAAGUUGACACGAAUUUUCAGUCGA